AACACUCAGAGCUAGCUUUAUGAGAAAUUAUUAUUGAAAAAUGGCUCAAUAUUAAAAUAUCAUUUUUUCAUUCAUUCUAAAGAGAAGUUAAGCUAAUAAUAUAAGCCUUGUUCAGUUUCAAACCGAAGAUGGAAGAAGCUCCACAAAGGUAUGCAGUUGUGACUGGAGCAAACAAAGGAAUUGGAUUGGAGGUAGUAAGGCAAUUGGCUUCAAAUGGAGUGAAGGUUGUGUUGACUUCAAGAGAUGAGAAGAGAGGCCUUCAUGCUUUGGAAACCCUCAAAGAUCUCUCUGAUUUUGUGCUCUUUCACCAGCUUGAUGUUGCUGAUCCUGCAAGUGUUGCUUCUCUUGCAGAUUUCAUCAAAUCCAAAUUUGGCAAACUUGAUAUACUGGUUAACAACGCAGGGAUUAGUGGACUUGUAUUUACAGACAACGAUUUAAUCGUUUCAGUAAUAUUGACACCCCAGGAUUUAUCUGAAGAAGAACUAGAAAAAGCAAGGAUUGAAACAUAUGAAUUAGGCGAAGAAUGUUUGCAAAUAAAUUAUUACGGUUCUAAAAGAACGACUGAAUCUCUUCUUCCCCUCCUCCACUUAUCUGAUUCACCAACAAUUGUGAACGUGUCAUCUUCUUUGGGAAUAUUAGAGCGUAUAUCAAACAAAUGGGGCAAAGGGGUGUUAAGUGAUGCCGAAAACCUUACUGUAGAGAGAGUGGAUGUGGUGUUAAAGGAGUUUAUGAAAGAUUUCAAAGAAGGGUCAUUAAAAGACAAAGGCUGGCCUGCGGUUUUUGGUGCCUACACUCUGUCCAAAGCUGCUAUGAAUGCCUAUACAAGAAUUCUUGCCAAAAUGUUGCCUACUUUUUGCGUCAGUUGUCUUUGUCCUGGUUAUAUUAAGACUGAUAUCACUGCAAAUACUGGCUUUUAUACGGUGGAAGAAGGUGCUGCUAAUGUUGUGAGAUUAGCAUUACUUCCAAAUGGUAGUCCUUCUGGUCUUUUUUAUAACAGGAGUGAAGUGCAUUCCUAUUAAGUCAUAUACUAUUCUGCAUAAAUGAUCAUUACUUCUCGUUCAAGACUUUCGACAUGUAAUAAUUUACUCUUAUGUGACAUUGGGUACUGUUUAUUUCGUUAACAAAGUAAUAAAUUAUGAUGUU